AUGACUACCGUCCCGGCUCUCAAUGCCUACCGACACCUGAUGCGCGCGGCGCGUAUUGCUUUCCAAGGGGACGCUCCUAUCCUGUCUGCAGCUCAGCUCCAGAUCCGUAACGAGUUCCGUCAAAAGGCCACGAUCGAUGCGUCUGAUGCUCCUGCAGCGAUCAAGCACGCCGAAGAAGUUGCGAAGGUUCUCCGCCAGAAUGUUGUUCAGGGCCGAAGAAUAGAGGAUGGCAAAGAUUCUUACAAGCUGCGAAUACACGAAGACAUCGAGCGAGGCGACAACGAGUCUAUUAAGACGGCUGGCAAAGGAUCAAUGGGGGGAGGCUGCUGCGGUGGUGGUAAACAAUAA